AUGGAAAAGGGCAAGUGGUGCGCCAUAUUUACUGGCGGAUCAUAUAAAACGUCAGCAGACGCAAUUGCAUUCUACCAAAACAUCGCAGACAAUGCGGAGUAUUUGAUAUGUGCAGACAGCGGUGCUAAUAUGGUCCACAAGAUCGGAAGAAGACCGGAGAUAAUAGUGGGAGAUAUGGACUCCAUUGACAAGGAGGUGCUUGAAGCGUAUAAAGAUGUCGAGCAGGUAAAGUAUCGGUGCGACAAAGAUUAUACAGACACUGAAAUUGCGAUAGGUAAAGCACGAGACAGAGGGUAUAGUGAGAUUGUGUUAUGUGGAGGUGUUGGGGAGCGGUUUGACCAUGCGUUAGGCAACGCCUUCUCAUUGAUUCGUCUGAAGCGGAUAGGUGUUCACAUGCGAAUUGUCAAUUACCAACAAGUGAUAGAAGCGUCGACUGAAACGAUGAUUUUUGAAGGACGUCAAGGGUGGACAUUAAGUUUCAUACCGGUAUCAGAACGAGUCGAGAAUGUGACCAUCAGUGGCAUGCAAUAUCCAUUAGUCAACAAAACGUUAGAAAUAGGAGUGUCGUUAACAAUAUCAAAUGUUGUGACGGAGGAUUUGGCGACAUUGAACUACACGAAAGGGGAAAUGCUUGUCAUCUUGACACGGCCGAGUUGUCUUGCUUAA